CCGGAAAUUUUAUCGUCGUGUAAGGUUUCUUCAUCACUGUGUUCAUUUAAACAUGGCUGCGCCCAUGUGGAAGGGCGAAGUUGAUAGAUACAUAAAAAACUCCGAGGGUUCUUCACUUGAAAUGUUAUGUAACGGAUUGCAAGAAAAGUCAAUUUCUCUGCUUCAGUUUAUUGAAAAUAUUGGAGAGUAUUUGACCAAUGAGGAUCACCAGGUGAGGGGGCGUGUCAUCAAGCUCAUGUCUGAUGUUCUUGUCAACAUUCCAAGUAGUCUUCUGUCUUCAGUGGAAGUGAAGCUGUUGGUGACAUACUUGUGUGAGAGACUUCAAGACCAUCACUCCAUACAGCCCCUAGUUCUCAGGGCACUGCUGACACUGAUUGUUGGGAGUGGAUCCGGACUACCUGAGGGGUGUGCGGAGGCAGUGUGUAAAGAGAUUUUUAAGGAGGUACAGGUUCAAUCCCUGUGUCAGACAGACAGAUGUACCAUCUACAACAUUUACACAUCACUCCUCAAAGAAAAACUCUCAGAGUUGCAGACGAUGGGGACUGACUUUGUAUUUGGCUUUAUCCAGUCCAUGGAUACUGAAAAGGACCCUCGAAAUCUUCUGUUGGCCUUCCACUGCGCAAGAACUAUCAUCCUGAAUUUCUCUCUAGGUCCCUUUGUAGAGGAGAUGUUUGAAGUCAUUUCCUGCUACUUUCCAAUUGAUUUUACUCCGCCACCCAAUGAGGAUCACGGCAUCACCAGACAGGACCUGAUUCACGGAUUACGGGGCUGCCUGUCCUCCCAUCCGGAGUUUGGACCCCAGUGUAUCCCGCUAUUACUGGACAAACUACAGUCCGACAUACAGAGUGCUAUUCUAGACUCUCUUCAUACUUUGGCUGCUGGUGUCCUGGUAUUUGAAUUGAGAUGUGUGGCAGAGUUUCAGGGGUCACUCUACAGGUGUAUCAAACAAGAGAUAUUCAGUCCCAAAUCACCGGAGAUAGAGUCUGCCGCUAACAUUGCCUUGACAGCAAUAUCCUCUGCACUUUCUCCUCAGGUUGGUCUAUCUACAGACAAUUCAGAGGUGGAUGUUUUCAUAAAGGAAAUCACGCAAGAUUGUAAGCGCCACUUUUCAGAUGAGGAUCUGAGGCUAUUCACACCCUCUUGUCAGCUGUUGCUUGCAGUGGCACUGGGCUCUGAUCACGCAUGCUGUGUUAUUUUACAACAGAUGGUGCCCUUACUGGAGAAUAUGUACAACAAAUUUACAGGGGUAAACCAAAGAAAACAAAUCAUUGAAAUGCUUUCCAAGUUUCUAUGUAGUUCCAGAGAAUUCAUUGGAGGAAGGGCUCCCAAGCUUGUGUCAGGAAUGAUGUCAUCUUCUCUAAGGAUUUUGAUGUCUUCAACCUCUCAGUCCAAUGUGGCCUUGACCUCUAUGGCUGUUCAAGGACUAGGUGAACUUGUGUCCUUGCCCGAUGUUCUGACAGCAGAGGAUGUGAAAUCAGUGUGUGGUUGUGUACUGGACCAGGUUUUAAACAGCAGGGAUAACAAAGUUAGGAGUUCUUGUGUGGAACCCUGUAAAGAGAUGAUGAAGGUUUAUCCAGAAUUAUCAGCAGAAAUUAUACCGAGACUGAUGGACAGAAUUAACUCCGGGGAAGGAGAGGACAUUUUUGAUUUUGUUGCCAUAUUUGCAGCAGACAGCAGAGUUAUUUCAAAUACCACCCAACAGUUGCUGAAUAAGCUACAACAAGAAUCUCUUGCCAUGUCUGAGUCAGCGUCACAGACCUGCUUAUCACUGACGUCCUGUCUCAUUGACAUUUCUAUGUAUGUCAGAGGAAAUUCGGACUGUGUGUCCACGCUGUGCGCUGAGACGGUCCCCGGGGUCUACCAACUGGUUGUGCGUAAUGCUUUGUCUGACAACUACAGUGAAGUCUUGUCUAGUCCCAAAGUGCUACAGUCAUUGUCCACAUUUAUAAGAAAUACUGUGGUUAUGCUAGACUUAACGAUGUACACCACAUUAUACACCUAUGUAACAAACCUGUAUUGUGAAGUUGAUAAGGAUGAUCUACAAAAACAGUUCAUGCCGCUUGAGUGGUCGUCGCCGUGGCAGCAGACCUCACUCGUGACACUUUUGACACCUGUGCUGUGUUCCUGUCCCCAGAAGUAUAUGUUACCUGAUGUCCAGAGAUACAGAGACAAACUCUGUGACUUGUCACUUAGGAGUAACCAUGACUACACAAAGUCUGAAGCAGCAAAAUGUUUGGCCGGCCUUCUGAACAAAGCCACUGACGAUGAAGUUCUGACCGUAUACUUAGAAAGGAGAUAUGAAUCUUAUGAACAGAAUCUGAUCUCGGGCAACAAAGAAAGCUCCUGUCUGCAGCAGUCCAUCUGGGUCACAAAGGCUCUUGUCAUGAGAGGGCACAGGGAAGCCUACAAGUUUGUCAAAAUACUGCUGACAUUGUUGGGAUGUGAGUCUCUAGGCAACCAGGCUGCAGAGGGAUUUGGAAUCAUUUUAUCAAUGUAUGAAGACGUUCUGAAUCCAGUCAUGCAUGCCAAUAUUCGCUUCCUGUACAAACAGAGAUUCUUCACAGAAAACUCCAGCCACCUCAUCGAAUGUUUCCAACAGGCUUCAUCAGAGACAAAGAGGAAUUACCUGGUGGCAUUGUCACACUGUAUCCGAUCUCUUCCCAAGUCAGUUCUCGUCCGAGAACUUCCACCGUUGUUUCCAAUGCUUGUACAAUCUCUGCUGUGUGAAAACACUCAACUACAGCAAUCAACCAUGGAAACACUGUGUACAAUGAUCACGGAUACCCCAGACAUCAUUGUUAAACAUGUGGAUACAGUGAUUCCUCAGCUUCUGAAAUUAACCACAUACACACCAGCCAUGAGGGUCAGAUGUGGGGCAUUGCAGUGUUUGUGUGACCUGGUGAACCUUCCCUCUCCUGUAAUUUUACCGUACAAAAUGCGAGUGGUGAAGGUUCUGGAGGGAGUGCUGGAUGAUAAAAAGAGGCUCGUAAGACUAGAGGCUGUCAGAGCUAGGAAUGAAUGGUUUUUGCUGGGAGAACCAGGAGGAAGGCCUUGAUUCAUUGUAUAAUCUGUAUUUAUGUUAAUAAAGGAUUGAAUCUU